UUACUUUCAUUAACUUGAAAAGCGAGUUUGUGUUUGGUGUAUAUUUAUUGCGAAGUAUCAUUUCUAUAAGUGUACAUAAUUGGGAAAUUAAGUAUGGAGGAAAAUAACGUAAAAUCCCACAAACCAUCAAAAUUGAGACCACCUCAAGUCAGAGGGAUGAAAACACGACGUUUGUCUGACGAUAAAAAUCCACUGACAGUUACAGCCCCGCCAUCUAAGAUUUUAAAGCGCCGAUCAAAAUCUUUUGCUGAUUUACGUGAUAUUGGGAGGAAAUAUAAGAAUGUGGAAGAAAUGCCGACAUCAACACUAUAUAAACCUGUGUUCAAAGCGCCCUUGAUUAAAAGAUCUAAAUUGCAACCCCUAUCUGAGAAUGCGACCAAUCUCCCCUCAACGAGUACAGUUGCAUUGUUACCCGGGGCGUUGUCUACGAAAUCAAAAUCCAUUGCAGACUUACAAUUAGAUGUGAAGAAACCAAAGAUAAUGUCGAAAACAACGUGUAAAGUCCAAAGAGUUGAAUCAGCCGCAAACAAAACUGCACAGAAAAGAAAAGGCGAGAAGUCGAGUGAUGAAGGCAAACCUAAAGUUGUCAAACAAGCGAAGAUACCAGACUGGGAUUAUAAAGCUCGGUACAAUCAGUUACGAGAAAAAUAUACCGUUUUAAACGAGGAACACAAGAAACAAAAGGAUAAAAUAGAAGAAUUUAACGUUUUAGAGGAAAAGUACACUACAGUUAGAAAUGAGUACGAUACAGUUAGUAGUAAAUACAGAACCUUAACAAACCUAAACUGUAAUACAGUUGCCGAGAAUAAAAUUUUAAAAGAGAGGGCAUCUGAGCUGGAUGAGAGACUGAGUGUCUUCGCGAGACAAUGUGAAGACUUAAAACAGUUACUAAAUACAAAAAUUGUUGAAUGUGAGAAAUUGUCUCAUGAAAAUGAGGGUUUAAGUAGAGAGCAUGGAAGUCUGAGCACGGAUUACUCAAACCUUAAAGCAAGUCACGCACAACUAACAAAAGAACACGAGCAGGUCGUUGAAACCCUCAAUGUACUCAAAGCAGACUAUGAUAAGAUUGUAGCCGAAAACGAGGAACUUAAAUUAAACGUAACGUUGGGGAGUAAGAGAAUAACUGAACUGUCGGAACAAAAUGCUAUUUUGAAGAAGGAUCUAUACAACGGCGAGGAUAUACGACGGAAACUCCACAACGUCAUACAGGACUUAAAAGGGAACAUUAGGGUGUAUUGCCGCGUUCGCCCUCCAAUAAGGUCGGAGGAGGAUUUCCCUCAGUGCGUGGUUAACUUUAUUGACGAUAAAACGAUAGAGAUUCGGAAAAGUAGGGAGAGUAUCAGUGCUAUCAGUGGAAAACCAACCGAUAUCAAAGCCGAGUUUACGGUUGACAAAAUCUUCGAACCUAAUACUUCCCAAAGGGAAAUAUUUGAAGAAUUCGCGCAGUUGGUGCAGUCUGCGUUGGAUGGGUACGAUGUAUGCGUAUUCGCAUACGGGCAAACUGGCUCCGGGAAGACUUAUACAAUGCAAGGCGAGGAAACGUUAGAGAAGAAAGGAAUAAUACCUAGAACUAUCGAUCUCAUAUUUGAUAGUAUAAGGAAUUUGAGAACAUCAGGUUGGUGUUACGAAAUUAGCGCGAGUUUUCUGGAAAUCUACAACGAAAACGUCCGAGAUUUAUUAAAUCUGAAUCCAGCUCUGAAUCUAGAAAUCCGUUUUAAUGAAGGAAAAGGAACGACGGUUACGAAUUUGUCGAUACAAAAAUUAGAAAGCGCAGAGGAAUUAAAAAAUUUAUUGACGAUUGCCCAGCGAAAUAGGGCCGUUGCAACGACGGACUUCAACGAGCACAGUUCGCGGUCACAUGCGGUUACAAAAAUAUAUCUAAAAGGUAGCAAUAGUGAAAUGAACGCAACAUAUACGGGCUCUAUUAACUUGGUGGAUCUCGCCGGAUCCGAGAGUGCCAAAACAAGUUCAAAUGAGAGGCUGGUGGAAACUAAGAAUAUAAAUAGAAGUUUAUCCGCCUUAGAGUGCGUUAUGCUGUCAUUGUAUAACAAAGAAAAACAUGUGCCGUACAGGAAUUCGAAACUGACCUAUUUGCUCCAGUCAUGCUUAGGGGGCAGUUCGAAAACCUUGAUGAUCGUCAAUAUUGCUCCGUUCGAGGAGUGCUUCACAGAGAGUAUCUUUUCGUUAAGGUUCGCUACCAAAGUUAAGGAGGUCAAAACGAACGCUAAGCGGAACAAAACAUAUUUUGCUUCUACGUCAAGUACGAAAAUGUAAAAAAGUGCAAAAUGUUUUUAUUAUCAUACCAGUGUUUAUGUGAGACUUUUAUAUUGUACAUAUUAUUUUUAGGUUGUUUUUAUAUAUAGCUACUUUCGAUUUUAUUAUACAAUUAUAAUAUUUAUGUCCAACUGCGUAGAUUCGCAUGGAAGCAGAUUAACAGGUAUAUCGUCAUUUUACUAACAUUUUUUAAUGCAAUAUUGAAUGUUAUAAGUUUGUUUUCGUCUUUGGAAAUUGUUUUUUAUAGAUGAACGUAUUUUCGUCGUAUUAACUUCAAUUUCUGUAUUUAAAUAAAGAAGAAUAAA